AUGAUGAUGAUGAUGAUGAUGAUGAUGAUGAUGAUGAUGAUGAUGAUGAUGAUGACGAUUAUGAUGAUGAUGAUGAUGAUGAUGAUGAUGAUGAUGAUGAUGAUGAUGAUGAUGAUCGAUGAUGAUGAUGAUGAUGAUGAUGAUGAUGAUGAUGAUGAUGAUGAUGAUGAUUUCGAUGAUGAUGAUGAUGAUGAUGAUGAUGAUGAUGAUGAUGCUUAUGAUGAUGCUUAUGAUCAAUGA